AGAGUGGGCCGGGCGCCUGGGGCUGCCGGGCGGGGGGCUUCGGGCAGUAUUAGCUGGAAGGACCCUAGAGCGGGCGGUGGCUACUGCUGUCUGCGGGACCUCGAGGAGAGGGACAGGACCCCCCCGGUCCUUCCCCCCCGCCACCUUCCCCAUCCUACCCUACCCCUGCCUCCCCUUCCUCGCUCCCCCCCCCGGCUUCCCACCACGGCCGCUCUCGGCGAGGAAACUCUGGCCUCCGCUUCCUCCUCCUCCGACUCGGACACCGGCGGAGCCUCCCCGCCACCGCGGAAGAAAGCGCGGGCCUCCCCGGCGGCGGCGGCGGCGGCGGCGGAGGGAGCAGGAGAGCCCGGGGCUUCCGCGGGCAGAGCAGGCCUCACCUCGUCCCCGUCCCCCUCGCUCUCCGCCGGGCUCGCCCCCCCUGCUGCCAACCCCCUCAGAGCCAGCAGCAGCAACAGCAGCGCCAUGCAGGCCAACGGGGCAGGAGGGGGUCAACAGCAGCAGCAGCAACAGCCGUCGUCGUCGCAGGGUCCGGAACUGGGCUGCCUCAGCGCCCAAAACGGCGAGGCCUCUUCGGGCUCCGCCGUCGGGGAGCAGCUGGCUCACGCCAACGGGUUGCUGCCGUCGGCCAAUAACAGCAGCGGGGGCGGCGGGCCGAGUGUCAACAACGGGGUCUCAGCCCCCGGGGGGUCCGCCGUCGAGAUGGGGGGAGGCAGCGGCGUUGGUGUCGGCGGUAGCGCCCUGAAGAAGAAGAAGCGGCUCUCGCAGUCCGAUGAGGACGUGAUCCGGCUCAUCGGGCAGCACCUCCACGGGCUGGGCCUCAACCAGACUGUUGAUCUUCUAAUGCAAGAGUCAGGAUGUCGUUUAGAACAUCCUUCUGCUACCAAAUUCCGCAAUCAUGUCAUGGAAGGAGAAUGGGAUAAGGCUGAGAACGACCUGAAUGAACUCAAGCCUUUAGUGCACUCUCCUCAUGCAAUUGUGAGGAUGAAGUUUUUGCUGCUGCAGCAAAAAUAUCUAGAGUAUCUGGAGGAUGGUAAGGUUCUGGAGGCACUUCAAGUUCUGCGUUGUGAGUUGACACCACUGAAGUACAACACAGAGCGCAUUCACAUCCUCAGUGGAUAUCUGAUGUGUAGUCAUGCAGAAGACCUGCGUGCAAAAGCAGAAUGGGAAGGGAAAGGAACAACUUCCAGAUCUAAACUUUUGGACAAGCUCCAGACUUACCUGCCACCAUCAGUGAUGCUUCCCCCAAGGCGUCUGCAGAAUUUACUGCGUCAGGCUGUGGAGCUACAACGGGACCGGUGCCUCUAUCACAAUACCAAACUAGAUAAUAAUCUAGAUUCUGUAUCACUGCUCAUAGACCAUGUUUGCAGUAGGAAACAGUUCCCAUGUUACACACAGCAGAUACUUACAGAACACUGUAAUGAAGUGUGGUUCUGUAAAUUCUCCAAUGAUGGCACUAAACUAGCAACAGGAUCUAAGGAUACAACUGUUAUUAUAUGGCAGGUUGAUCCAGAUACCCACCAGCUAAAACUGCUGAAGACACUGGAAGGCCAUGCAUAUGGUGUUUCUUACAUUGCUUGGAGUCCAGAUGACAACUACCUAGUUGCCUGUGGUCCAGAUGACUGCUCUGAGCUUUGGCUCUGGAAUGUACAAACAGGGGAGCUGAGGACAAAGAUGAGUCAGUCUCAUGAAGAUAGUUUAACAAGUGUGGCCUGGAAUCCAGAUGGAAAACGUUUUGUGACUGGGGGGCAGCGUGGACAGUUCUAUCAGUGUGAUUUAGAUGGUAAUCUCCUUGACUCCUGGGAAGGAGUACGAGUGCAAUGCCUGUGGUGCUUGAGUGAUGGAAAGACUGUGUUGGCAUCAGACACACACCAGCGAAUUCGGGGCUAUAACUUUGAGGACCUUACAGACAGAAACAUAGUACAAGAAGAUCAUCCAAUUAUGUCUUUUACUAUUUCGAAAAAUGGCCAGUUAGCUUUGUUAAACGUAGCAACUCAGGGAGUUCAUUUAUGGGACUUGCAAGACAGAGUUUUAGUGAGAAAGUACCAAGGUGUUACACAAGGGUUUUACACCAUUCACUCAUGUUUUGGAGGCCAUAAUGAAGACUUCAUCGCUAGUGGCAGUGAAGAUCACAAAGUAUAUAUUUGGCACAAACGUAGUGAACUGCCAAUUGCGGAGCUGACGGGGCACACACGUACAGUCAAUUGUGUGAGCUGGAACCCACAAAUUCCAUCCAUGAUGGCCAGUGCCUCUGAUGAUGGCACUGUUAGAAUAUGGGGACCAGCACCUUUUGUAGACAACCAGGAUAUUGAAGAGGAAUGCAGUAGCAUGGAUAGUUGAUGGUGAAUUUGGAGCAGACGACUUCUGUUUAACUUAAAUUUAGUCGUAUUUUAAAUGGCUUGGGAUUUGGUGCAAACAAACAUGAUUGAUAGCUGGACAGACAUGCUCGUCAUGAAAAAAAGAACCAUUUCUGAAGCCCAACUGGGGCCAAACAUUUUACCACCUUGCUUCAUAGUAAACAGUUGAGAUGAAGCACAUCGUUAGAACGUUGUUGGACACCAUGUUGAAGUAACCCCCCCCAUCGGUUGUGAAGAACUGUGCUACAUUCAGGCUAACCAUUGAACUCCGUAUAUACAUUUUUCCCUUCUGCCAUUUUGUCAGGCAGACUACUGUUCUUGUUGCUCUUCUGUGUAAUGAAAUUUAAAUGCUUGUUUGGAAACCUUUUAUUUAACAGUUUAGAAGGCUUUAUAGAAAGAGUGCUUUAGUCUGAAGAGUACAUGUUGGAUAGGAAAGUAUUUCCUUCUCUUGUUUCUCCGAGUCUCUCCGCCUUAUUUAGCUUGAGAUCUUUGCAGCUUGGUUCACGGAUUCUAGCCUUGCCCGUUGCGCAGUAUAUCAAACCCAGAUGUUAAACCAGUGAAUGACAUGAAAAGCACUCUCGGUAUCACACUUGACAAAAGGUUUUGUACUUUUCACAUAGCUUGUUGCCCUUUAAAGGGGUUAACAGCACAAUUUUUUUAAAAAAUAAAUUAUUUAUAGCAUUAAAAUGACUUCAUUUGUAUACAUUUGGAAUUAAACCAGCUUAAAAAGUGUCAUCUACGAGUUAAUGCAGUAUAAUUGGUGCUCCUCUGGAGUGUUGUGUAAGACCAUUUGGCUGGCAACAGUUUUACACAGACUAUAUAAAGUAUUAUUUUAAAAAGAAACUUUGUUUACCAACAUAAAACAAUUGAGAGCUUUCAGAAUCACCAACUAAACAAUUACAAUGUAAUUUCUGAAGUUUAAUAAAUGAAAAUUCCAAAUUGGCCUUAAUGUGCAAUGAUUCUUAUUUAAAACAUAAUAAUGAUCUAAAGUGAGGGUAGUACUAUAUAGCAUUAUCUUCAGAAAUCAGCAAGUUGACUCUCUCCUGUGAAUUAAAUAUGUUGUACAAACUUUCCAUAUCUCUCUCUCCAGGACCUUUGUCUGAGUUGGUGCUGUCAACUGCCUAGCAUUAGGAAUGGGUCCCUUAGCUUUCUGUGUGGAAAGGAUACAUAAUAAGAUUCUGAAGAAAAUAGCCUGGUGUUUGGCCUGCUUAGUUGGAUUCAGAAUUUCCAUUCUAGUUAAAGGGUAGGGCCAUCCUUCAGUUUUUAAAAAAGCCACCCAGGAAAGCAAUUCAUAGUGAAAGAAGAACAAAUACAUCCUUGCCUUGUGGUACCAGCUAAAAUAAACCACAGAUGGAAAGAGUUCUUGAUAUCAGGAAAGACACAGGAUUAAAAGGAAAUUUGCUUGCUUAGUGCAUAUUUUGUUUUUUAAGGCACAGAUUGUGUGAUGAGGAAUACCUGCAAACUAGAACCAAUCGUAUUCCAAUUAAUGUAGUAAUUCAGUUGUUUAACUUUGGUUCCUUCUGAAUGGAGAACACUAUUUUAACAAUCCAGUUCGCUAAAAAAGUAUGUGCAGACCAAGUUUACAGAGAGAUCUUUAAACAACAGAAGAAUGCUACCUUCUUGUGUCCUACUGAAUGUAGGAACAGGAAAGAAAUUUACAUCCAUUCUUUGACUCAUUUAAGCUGUUCCAGCUUUUUUAUGUGUAAUCUUACUUUACCUUUGUUAUAAGCGUCCAGUCACAUGUAUUCUGUUCAUUUGACAUUAAGGGUUUUUAUUGGAAAAUUUUGUAGUCUACCUUUGAGCCUAUAUAAAAUCUUACUUUUGCAGAUACUCUCAUUGUGUGUUAAGACUUCACAGCUGUAUUACUGACAUGGUGCUGGUACUGCUUGCAAACUCAAAACUACCUUAGGAGAUUGGAGAGAAAAUCUGACAUGCAUGAUCAAGUAUGCACCAGUUUAAUUUGAUUUGGCACUACUUGAUUUCUAUAGAUAUCAAUCUAAUGUUGCAGUUCAGACUUCCUGUGACCAUAUUGGUGAAUAAAUUUUGAGUCAUUUCCUUUCUUUGAAAUUCAUAGCACCAGAGGGAAACUAAAUUAGGAGUACCAAAAUGGACACGCUAUUGCUUAUGCUCCUUCACCCCAUAUUAGGGAGUUCUUGGAUUUGUUUAAAAGAUAUAUAGCACUUGAGUAUAGAGCUGAAUGAGAAGCAUGUUUUGAGAGUGCCAUUUCUAAAUUUAGUUGUAUAAUAAAACUAUGCAACUUUAAAGAAAGCUCUUCAGAUUGAGGUAGUUUAACUUCUGUCUGGCAUACAACAACUGAACCAAAUAAUUUCAAGAUCUGUCUGGAAGUAUACUUAACUGACCGCAACAACAAUGCUAGGAUUCCUUGUGGGUGGGCUAAAUAGGGCAACCUAAAUUCACUAAUAUGUGAAUUGCAAAGCACCAUUAACCAUAUUUCAAACAAAAAAUUCUAGACUUGCAACAUUCAUUUCCAUAUAUUGCAUAUACUAGGAAGACAUUUCUACUCUAGUCUGUAAAGGUUGGAGUAAUCACUGACUGCUGGCCUUAUCUUACCCUGAGCAGAUGUGUGGUAAGGGGAUACAGUAAUUUACAUUUUGCCUUAGGUUUUGAACCCGUCAACUCUUAAAACAUGCACACUGGCUAUAAAUCACUAUAUUGCCACAGUGCUUCAGAGCUUAUCAGGUAAGUUAUUUAAAAAUAGGAGCACAAAAGAAGAAAGGAUUUUUACCAGAGCUUGGAAAAGUUACUUUUUUUGAACUACAACUCCCAUCAGCCCCAGCCAGCAUGGCCACUGGAUUGGGCUGAUGGGAGUUGUAGUUCAAAAAAGUAACUUUUCCAGGCUCUGAUUUUUACAUAGUUAAAUAGCCUUGUUAAGGUGUGGCUUAGUUCCCUCAUUUGUUUUUUUUUUAGUUUAGAAAUUAGGGGAUCAUAACACAAAUUUUGAUAUGAAGUCACCGGUGGAAAGCUACCCAACGUUUGCCAAUAAUCUCAUUCUGGCUUCCAAGCAGGUACUGUUGAAUGUAACUUAAUCUAAUCCUAGAUGUUGAGUGCCAUCUUAAUUAAAAUAAAUUCCCACCCCAAAGGGAAAAAAGGCUUUAAAUUAAAAUGUUUUCUUAAACCAGUCCUAUGCUGGCAAAAUAUCUAUUGGGAGAAUUCUUGUAAAUUCUUUUUUUUAGUUAACAGCAUAAGAAUGUCUAGUUUCUAAUUUUGGGGUAGGAUCAGAAGGGGAAGAGAACCAAUUUUCAGUAAAACUUGGUGCCCUUUGUCAGUACCCCAAAGCACACAAGUUGCCUCAAUUUGAUGCAUUUCAAAUGAACUGUUAAGCUGGAGUAUCCUAUAUAUGGUUAAAAUAUAUUGCAUUGGCUUGAGUCCAUUUUCAGCUGCCAUAGAACAAACCGUUCAUUUGACAAUUAGAAUUUUGGAAACACUUUGACACUUUUUGAACCGGGUGGACUUGAUUUGUGCAGUGUUGUCUGCAGUAGCUGCUCUAGUUGCUGGAACACAAAACUAGAAACCCAUUUCCUGUUUGCUGGCUUUGGAUUAUCUGGAUUCAGCAAAGUGUGUGUGUGUAUUAUGAAUGUGUGUGCGUGAAACAAACAGUCAUGGAACCAACUGUUCUAGGUACAUGUCAUGUUUUACUGCAUACUUUAAGUCAUGUUGUGUGUAUGUGAAGUGUCUUCUAACUUUAAGAUUUUGGUUAAUACCAAUAUAUUUUUAUAAAUUUGAAAUUCAGUGUGCUCCAUCUUUUAAGUGUUUCAUUGUUAGGAUAAAUGUACUAGAUUUAAUUCUUAACACUUUUCGGCACAGAUGGAAAAAGUUGUCGGCUCCUUGAAAAUGUAUGAGGAAGAAACAGAUCCUCAAAGCAUGUGUGUACUUACAAACCAAGCUGUAGAGAUCAAGAAAAGAACUUUUAUUGUUCUCAAAUUUCUAAACUGUCAAGAUUUAUAUGGAGUUGUGGUGGAACUAGUUAACACUUAGAGCUUUUGGUAUGUAAUGACUAUUUGCUAUGGACUGAUAUUAAAUGUUUCAAAGGAUUGCGUUCUUAAACUUCAUGGAUUUUUGUUACUCCUCUUGAAUUAUAUUAAGUAGUUUAAAAAUUCUUUACUAUAUUUCAUUAAAACAUAAGAACUUUGGGUCUCCAUAUUUAUUUUCACUUGUUUUAUUAAUGAUUUACAGAACACCUUAACUUCUUAUUUUAUAAAUAUGUAGUAUAUUAAACAUCUUUUAAAAUGUUCAAUUCCAACUACAUUUAAUUCCUGAUUUUUGUUUCUAUUGGGUUUUUUUAAAAAUUACACUUUUCCAUGUUAGUGCACAGCACUUAACAAAUAUUUGUAUUCCCUUUCUUUCCAAUUCAAUAAACAGAAUGAAUAACUGGA